UUAUCUUCUUUCCAAAGUCCGAAACACAAACUCAUUCCAAUUACGCAUGGUCACAUGCAUAAUUAUACCAGCCAACAUUCAACUAAUGUUUCCGCCUAUAUAUAUGGCGAUCGGUCACAAAUAUUUAAGGGUGUCAUUUAAACACUUCAACCUCUAGUGAGAUGUUCUUGCAUCCAAAAUCAUGCAUACCCAAGUCAACGCAUAUCUUUCCAGCCUCGAAUCCAUUCAAAAUUUUCUUCUUGAAGAUCAUUUUGACAUUUUUCCCGACUAUUACCAAAACCGAAGUAGUUUCCAUGACAACUCAGUCGAGUCAUCCAUAAACCUGGAAGAUAUCUUGAACUUUUUCCCCGAGUUGAGUUCAUCAAACUCGAACGAGGUGUAUAGCUCGGGUCCAAGCCUGUUUUCUUCAUCUACAGUGGAUGAUCAAAUUGAACCGUCACUAGAUCUUGAUGACAUCGAAACAUGCAAAUUUUUAGUUGAAAACAGUGACGAAAAUCUUGAAGUCACAAAUUCAUAUCAUAGCCAAAAUUACACCCCACAAAUAUCACAAAACACCAAUGGAGAAGUCAAUGAACCUCAACCACAGUUAUCAUCGGCCAUCGUCGACAAUAGCAUGAUGGAAGCAGCAAACAAGCCGCUAAAGUUAGAUUUCUCGACAGGGAAUAUCAUUCGAUUUGGUGAUGAGACUGCACGGACUGUAAAGAAUAAUUCUUCAGAUGAUGAAGAUCGCUUUGAAGCUUACAGGAGGUAUAGAGGUGUAAGACGACGGCCAUGGGGGAAGUUUACAGCAGAGAUGAGGAACCCAGAGAAGAAAGGCUUGAGAUUAUGGCUAGGGACUUACGAAACAGCAGAAGAAGCAGCCAUGGCGUACGAUCGAGCUGCUUUUAAGCAUCGUGGCGCUCAAGCGUUGCUUAACUUCCCGCAUUUGAUCGGGUCACACCAUGAAUAUCUUGAAAAGUAUACGAACAAAAAGCGACAUGUAGGGAAAGUCCAGUCCUCAACGUCAUCUUCUUCAGAAAUCUGCGAAAGGAAGAGGAGCAAAAAUACUAAUUAGGGUUUAUAAAGAAAUAAGCGGGUGAACUUUAGUCCAACAUGCAUUUAGUAAUUUCACGUAACAAAUUAAGUACUAUGUAUGUAUGUUUGUAUGAAUGUAAUGUAGGAUCCUGUACUACAGUACAAAAUUGCUUCUUGUACGAAGCAAAAAGCUCUAGGCAAACUUUUACUUGACAUUAGAAAAUCCCAUUAA